GCUGCGGAUAUCGGCUGUCUUCAAUUGACAGUAUAAAGGAAAUGGAAGUUUUCGCCGCGCUGUUUGUGUCCAUCGCUUGGAUCUUAUGUGCCGACACUGUAGCUAGUGAUUCGAUCAUUCACAUAGGUGCAAUUUUUGAGGAGACUGCCAGAAAGGAUGAUAAAAUGUUUCGAUUAGCCGUGGCUGAAAUGAACAUGAAUGAAGAAAUAUUGCAGAAUGAAAAGAUAACAUUCUCAGUCAGAUUUGUUGAUUCCAACAAUCCCUUUCAAGCUGUUCAAGAGGCCUGUGAUCUUGUGUCGCAAGGGAUAUUGGCUCUUGUCAGUUCCACUGGCUGUGCACCUUCUGCUUCACUUCAAUCCUUUGCGAAUGGAAUGCAAAUUCCUCACCUCUACAUUCAACGAACACAAGCCGGAACGCCACGCUCACGAUGCUCCAUUGCGAGGAAUGCCAGAAACAAUGAUUACACACUUUCUGUACGCCCUCCUGACUACUUUAAUGAAGUCAUCCUUAAAGUAAUCUCUGAAUUUUCUUGGCAAAAGUUCAUGAUCUUCUACGAUGAUGCAUACGACAUUCGUGGUAUUCAAGAAUUCUUGGGUCAAGCUGGCCAGCAGGGAAUAGAAGUCUCUCUUCAAAAGGUGGAAACCAGCAUAAAUAACAUGUUUACUAGUCUCUUCUCUACACUUGGUUUCGAUGAGCUCAGCCGAUUUCGAGACAUGCUUCGAAGAGCCCUACUUUUUCUCAAUCCACGUACUGCGAAGACAUUCAUUAGUGAGGCUGUUGAUACCAAUUUGGCAGCUGUUGAUAGUCACUGGAUCUUCAUAAAUGAGGAAAUAAAUGAUGCAGAUAUUCGGGAACUAGCAAGAAGAUUGACUGGAAGAUUGACUGUCAUUCGGCAAACUUUCCCUCUGUCAGAAAGCAAGAGCCAGUACUGUCUAAGAAGCAAUCAUAGGUUUUCUUCAGUGAUGUGUAAUCCUAAAGACCCCUUCACGCAGCAUAUGGAGAUCUCCAAUCUCUAUGUAUAUGACAGUGUCUUGCUGCUGGCCGAUGCCUUCCAUAAGAAGCUAGAAGAUCGAAAAUGGCAUAGCAUGGCUAGUUUGACAUGCAUAAGGAAAAACUCUAAGCCAUGGCAAGGUGGAAGGUCUACAUUUGAUGCAAUUAAAAAGGGAAAAGUGAGUGGAUUAACUGGAAUGCUCAGUUUUAGGGAUGAUGGUACAAAUGCAAAUGUCCUGUUUGAAAUUCUUGGUACCAGUUACAGUGAGGAAAAGGAUAAAGGCAUUCAACGUCUAGGCCUUUGGAGUCCAACUUCUGGAUUGAAUGGGUCGCUAGUGGACCAGAAACUGGAAAACAGUAUGGAAGGAGUAACAUUGCGUGUUGUAACAGUACUGGUGGCUCCAUUUGUUAUGGUAUCAGAGAACAUGUUUGGUCAACCUAAAGAAUUUUAUGGUUUUUCUAUAGAUGUUCUGAACGCACUGUCAGAGCAUCUUGGCUUUAAGUAUCAAAUCUAUCAAGCUCCUGAUAAUCAGUAUGGUAAACUAUUAAGUAAUGGAAAAUGGGAUGGAAUGAUAGCUGAACUCAUUAACAAGAGAGCUGACAUAGCAGUUUCAGCCCUGACAAUUACCCCAGAGAGGGAGAAUGUAGUGGACUUCACUGGUCGAUUUAUGGAUUAUACUUUAGGAUUUCUACUUAAGAAGCCAGAGCAAAAAGUGGAUAUGUUUACCUGCCUAGAACCAUUUGAUCUAACGGUGUGGGCUUGCAUUAUUGGCACUCUAUUUAUAAUUGGCCUGCUUGUCUGCAUGUUCAGCUGGGUAAAGCCAUCUCCACUUCAGAUAGGAUCUGUGACAUCUACAACAUUGUACAAUGCUGCUUGGCUUGUUUAUGGAUCAUUUGUACAACAAGGAGGUGAAGUACCCCUGAACACUUUGGCAGUUCGCUUGUUGAUGGGUUUUUGGUGGCUCUUUGUGUUUAUAAUUAUCUCAACAUACACUGCAAAUCUAACUGCCAUCUUGACCAGUAAUCGUAUUGAAAACCCUGUUCGAUCUUUUCAGGAUCUUGCCAAACAAACAGAUGUUCCAUAUGGUACUGUCCUCGAUUCAGAAGUUUUGCAAAUAAUCAAAACCAAGGGUCGAAAUCCAUUUGAACUUGAACAAACAUAUGCUCAUUUGUGGAACAUGAUGAACAAAACAAAUGGUUUGGAGAAUUGUGUAAAGAAAAUUCAUGAUGGAAUUCAAAGGGUAAAGUCUGGAAAUUAUGCAUUCAUCUGGGAUGUUGCAGCUCUGGAGUAUGUUGCAGAGAAUGAACCUGACUGUGCCUUUGUGACAGCAAGGAAUUCUAAAGUCGAUAGAGGUUAUGGCAUUGCUCUUCAGGAUGGCAGCCCUUAUAGGGACAUUUUUUCACAAAGCCUUCUAGAACUUGAGCAAAGUGGUGAACUUGAUGGACUAAAGCAGAAGUGGUGGCCCAAAGCUGGGAAAUGUGAUUUGCAAAGUCAGGCUAAAACACAAGGAAAAGGGGGACCAAUGGACCUACAAAAUUUUGCUGGAGCCUUUGUUUUUCUUGCUGUGGGUGUUAUUUUGGCUUUCGUCGCUGCCAUGGUGGAAUCUUGGUGGAAAGGCAAAAAGAAAGCCGAUGCUGUUGGAGAGGAGGGCAAUGAAAUUGAAAUUGGUCAGUUUCAGAAAAAGGCAGACAGCAUCUCUAAAAUCGAUGAACAUUCUCUUAAAUUUUCACCAUCCUUUGUAGACUUAAAUUCUUUUGAACUUUCUAUGAUACCAACUGGUGAAAAUCAAGAAGAAUUUAGUGAUUUCAGGAACACUAAUUUGACCAUGUCAACUUUCAUACCUGAGCAGAUGCGGAGGACAAGCACAUGUAGCUUAUCGGCUAAGACUUUAUCUGGAAUGCCAUUGAGUGGCACAUCCCAACAAACUGCACAAUGUGUAUGUACACCACAAAAUGAGAGGGACUGUAGCAGUCCUUCAUCUUUUCUUUGAACUAAUUAAACUACAGCCCCAUGAAAUAUGAGGUUCUGAGUAUUGUAAGGCAAAUUCUUUUUUAGAAUGAUUUAUCACAUGUUGUUAUGUUUUGCUGGAUCAGAGUGAUUACGUUGCCAACAUACUAUCUGGAAAGUUAGCAAGCUCUUGCAAAUUCUAAUUACUGGAUCCAGGUUAUUUCUGAUUUGUGUGUACAUGUUUGAUGUAACAGUCUUUCAUUCUUUAUCCCUAGUUUAAAUAUUUUCCUCUGCCUAUUGCCUAAUUCCUUUCCUAUGAACCAUUCACAGCCUAAGAGAGUGGAAGGUGACCUUCCUUAGCUUCCGUCAGGAUUGUGCUAGGGCAAGGAGAAGAAAUGCCUGUUGAGGAAGUGCCUGGUCUUAGAUAUUCAGUAGACAAUGAAAGUAAGCUAUGGUCAGCAAACAAAUGUAAAGUUAAAAAUUAGAAAUGAAUGAAAUUAAAAACACAGAUACAUGAACCAAGAGAAGGCAAGCUGAAAGUUGAAAGGAGACUGACUUUACGACAUAUUACGACCUAUUUGUGUCCUAAUCUGUUUGAAAUUAUUAAGACAGAGAAUAUUGUGUACUGGCCUAGUCUGUGUGGAUUUACAUGUGCUGCUUAGUUACUUACGUCUAACUGAAAUGCUUCAAACUAAAAGAAAUGUAUAUUACAUGAGUUCUAUAAUGGUUCAAAAUGAUGCACUUUAAAGAAGGUAACAGAAGCAGUGUUAGUUUUAACAGUUUUAUAAUAAAUGAGAUAUAAAUGUUAUAACAAUGAAUUAGCUUCACUGUAAUAUGAGGAAAAUAAAAUUGCAAAUUCUACUGUUCGUUAUCAACUGGCAGUAUGUGAUCCGAUGGUCAUUUUUAGCUAAGUAGCUUUGCAAGAAUUUUUGAAAUAUUUUCUAUGAAGCACAACUUAAAAGAAUUGAUUUAUCUGGUUAAAUUAAAUAAUGAAAGUCAUUUCCUUAUUCAACAGUUUCAAAUGCAGCAAUUUUUUAAAAUCCCUUUACAGCCCCGUCAACAGAACAGUGCUCUGCCUCUGAUGAUAAACUCAAUUGGGUGCGCUAGGGGGCAGCAUGUUCCUAUACAAACCUCAUAUUCCAAUUCUGUCAAACUAUUUGGGAAAUCUAGCCAUAUGAUUACUUAAAACCUGCAGUCAUAAUCUUCUUGUAACUUUCAAGUCAGUUUUAUGUGUUUAAUAGUGAUUCAUUUGUAAUAAACCAACUUGAUGGUUUUUUUAAAUUAAAAUAGAAUGUAGACAGUAAAGUAAUGCAAGAUGAUUACAACCAUUGAACAACAGAAUAUAAGAAUGUAAGUUAAUAGUGGCUUCGAGAGAUGGCUACAAACAUUCAAAAAAUUAUUCAUUAUUUUUCCAGUUGCUUUGUUGAUAACUAGAAGUAUGUAUAACUUUCAGAGAACAAACUUUGCACAUAACAACUGUUUGCAUACAUCUUCAUCUGUACUUUGGAAUUUUAAAUAAGUAACACAUAGAUGUCACUGCAGUCUUGCAAAGAAGUGCUGCUUGGUACUUAUAACUAAUAUUGGUAUAUCACUAAAAUUAUGUGAUUAAUUUUAAAAUAAAUAUACAUUAUUAGGUGCAUCACAUUGUGUUCUAUGUAAAAAACAAGAGGUAGAGCAUAACUUACUGAAUGUUCUAGGGAAACUGUAAUGGCAAAAGAAUGACAUUUCCAGGGGUAAGUGGGUUCCAUCCCAGAAUUUUGAAGGAAAUAGGUGACAUCAUUGAAGAGGCCCCAUAUUUAAGAGCUGAAAAUAGAAUUUUAAAUUUAUUUGCAUAAUGUCUAUUGUCAGGGAAAUUUAGUAACAAUAAUUUAGAUUGAAGAAAGGUUGAUUGAAUACCAAAAAGCUUCUACAACAGGAAUCAAUCCUAGAUUAGUAACUAAUUUUAAGGCUGGGUUUUUCAUUUGCCAAAUUACUUAUGGAUAUGUGAAAACAUGGGUAUUCAGAAAUAAGUUACAAAUGAAAUUUAUUCUUAAGGAGAAACAGAAAAUUGUCUAGGGACUAAAUUAUCUAGUCUGACAACUCCAUUUUGACUUGUAAAAUAAAUUUUCAGUCCUAGAUAUUCAGGAAGCUCUAGUCUUUAUGACAAAACAUGUUCAUACAGCCAGAAUACAUUUUCAAAAUCUGAUUUAUGUAAAAAUUAGUUAAUUUGCAUGUUAAUUUUCCAAUCAACUCCUUUGAAAGAGAUGAGAGGAAAACAAUUGUUACUUUUCACCAUGCUAGAAUAAAUGUAAAUGUAAAUGAAGAAUAGAACUACAUUGUAUUUUAAUCUUUGCAGAUCUUAAUGUCACUUGUUAAUAUUAAAUAUUCCAGCACACUGGAGUUUUAACAGAACUCAGUUCCUGCCAUUUUAAAUGAUAUUGCAAAUUUUAUUAACCUUGAAAGAGACUGGGGCCUGUGAUUAUUAGAAUUCUCAUCCAGUAGUGCAGUAGUGACUGUUCUUUUGAAAUGCCAACAAAAUCAUUGUGUAGAAUACAGCUUCUCUUGGAAUACUGUGCAACCACUGGACUAUAAGAUUGCAUUUUAUGAAAUGCCUAGUCUGAUACCAUUGUCACAUCAAUUGAUGCAAUGUCAUUGAUGUAUGAACUAAGAGUAAAAUAGUGCCCUUAUGUUAGUACAGCUCUUGUUAUAAAUAGUCAUAUUGAUGCUAAACAGUUGUGUUCUCUUUUCAAGUUUAUGUCAUUGUAUAUAGCCUUUUCAUGAAUUGUUCUUAUUAUUGCACUUUAAGUGCUAAAAGCUUCCCCCUCUAUGGACUCUAAAUAGCAUCUUUCAUUUCCCUUUCCCUGCAUGCUUACCUUUUUUAAAUGAAUAUUUUCAAAAUGAAGGAUUUCUGUAACUUACAUAUAUCUCUUGGAUUUUUGAUUGUCACUAUUUUCAUUGAUUGUUCAAUUAUUUGCAUCCCAACUGAAGCUAAUAAUUGUAA